AUGCCAAGCAAUGUUUCACAGUGCAACACCUACACAGAAAUGGAGCCUUUUACCUAUUUUUACUACCUGGUUUUCCUGAUGGGAUUUAUUGGCAGCUGCUUUGCGCUGUGGGCGUUCACGCAGAAAGGCCAGAAGCAGAAGUGCACGAGCAUCUACCUGCUCAAAAAAAUCCUGCUGACGUUGGCGCUGCCCGUCAAAAUCAUCGUUGACCUGGGGGUGGCACCCUGGAAGCUGAGGAUAUUCCACUGCCAGGUCACAGCCUGCUUCAUCUACCUGAACAUGUACUUAUCCAUAAUAUUUUUGGGAUUUGUGAGCAUGGAUCGCUGCCUGCAGCUGAAGCACAGCUACAAGAUCUUCCGCAUCCAGGAGCCCGGCUUUGCCAAGAUGCUCUCUGCAGUCGUGUGGGCCAUGGUUCUCCUCAUAACGGUGCCCAACAUGGCCAUCCCAAUCAAAGACAUUGAGGAGAGCUCCAACGCGGGAUGCAUCGACCUCAAAACGAAAUUUGGACGGGACUGGCACGUGUUCACUAACUUCAUCUGCACGGCAAUCUUCCUGAACUUCUCGGCCGUGAUCCUGGUCUCCAACUUCCUCGUUGUCCGGCAGCUCUACCGGAACAAGUACAGCGAGAGCUACGCGAGCGUGAGGAAGGCGCUGGCCUCCAUCCUGCUGGUGACGGCCGGCUACCUGCUGUGCUUCGUGCCCUACCACCUGGUGCGCAUCCCCUACACGCUGAGCCAGAGCGACGCCAUAGGCAGCUGCUCCCUGAAGCAAACGCUCUUCAAGGCCAAGGAGUGCACCCUGCUCUUCGCCGUGUCCAACCUCUGCUUCGACCCCAUCCUGUACUACCACCUCUCCAGACCGUUCCGGCUGAAGGUCGGCAGGGCCUUCGCGGCGCGCGACGGGGCGAAGCCGCACGAUGGAAAGAUGACAAAACGAAGGGCGCUCUCAGCAGCGGAGCGGGGAAGCGCGUCCCGUGCGUCCCUAGCGCAGGUGGCGAAGGAGUCGCAGCUGGAUGGGAAGAUCGCUGCUCUCAGCCGCUCUCUUCACCGACCUCUCACUGAUCACGGCCGCUUCCUCCACAGCAAACACCGACCUGCUGCAAUCGGAGCCGCGGGCUGUGCCCGCCGCCGGUGCCGCCGCACGCUCCUCCUGCGCGAAGCCGUGCAUGGAAACGCGGCUCCCACCAAGGUGCCCGGGGUGCACUACGGAGCCUACGUGACACCCUGCUGUUCUUCCCGCGCUGUUCUGGGCACUGGGAAUUGA